GGCGCCGUACGUCUCAUCUGGCCAAUUAGCAGCGCGGCUAGCCAACCAUGGUCACAACAAAACGCAUUUCUACUCCGCUGGCGCACCGAUCAGGGCUAGCGCUACAUGCUACUCACCCGGGAGAAGAGCACCGGGGCUUAAAUCCAAGUCCAGGGAGCGUGGUGGGUAUGCCAGACCGAGGAAAGGUGCAGAUUUUCGGGGUGGAGGAGGAUAGUGCCCUGGUGAGCCUGAGGUGGUGCGCUGUUUGGAGCCAGUUACGCGCACGGCUCCAUUAAAAACUGCAUUGUUGGAGAGACGGCUGGACACGGACAAACAGCACCGACUGCACGCUGCAAGGCAUUGUGGGAAACGGAGAGGAGGAGAGUGAUGGCUUGAUGACGUCAACAACAACAGCGCCCGAGCAAAAUGGAAAGAAAACACAUGUCUGCUUUUCUUCUGUAUAAAACUCUGGCUGCAGACCAGCCUCCUCCUGCUAAAAAGCCUUCUCUGCAGGUGUCUGCAAAGAAGAAAAAGAAAAAGUCAAAUGGGAUUGUACAUAAUAAUAAUAAUACCAGUCAAGUGAAGCAGCCCGUCAGUGCAAAGAAGAGGAAAAUACAAAAUACAGCUGCAAAGUCUCCAGCCAAACCUGAGCACUCUUCAGAGGAGGAUCAGUUUGUGGGGGGUGAGAAGUGCUUGGACACUUUGUUGAAGGAGUUAUCGGGAGUGAACAACAGCAGAGAGAGAGCCAGCAGGUUGUUCCAAUGGCUCAUCAACCCCAUCCCCGCCAAAGCCUUCUUCAGAGAAACGUGGGAAAAGAAGCCCAUCAUCGUCCAGCGUAAAAACCCUAACUACUACAAGGGCAUGUUCUCCACUGCAGAGUUCGACCGCAUACUGAGACAAGAGGACGUUCAGUACGGAGUAAACCUGGAUGUGACCAGCUACACGGAGGGUAAAAGGGAGACCCAUAACCCUGCUGGGAGAGCCCUGCCGUACACUGUGUGGGACUUCUACGAGAGUGGCUGCUCUCUGCGCAUGCUCAACCCUCAGGCCUUCUCCUCCUCUGUCUGGAGCGUUCUGUCCUUCCUACAGGAGCACUUUGGCAGCAUGGCCGGAGCCAACGUAUACCUGACCCCUCCGGGCACUCAGGGAUUCGCUCCACAUUACGAUGACAUUGAGGCUUUCAUCGUUCAGCUGGAGGGGAAGAAGCACUGGCGUGUCUACAGUCCAAGGUCAGAGGAAGAAGUGUUACCUGUGGUUUCAAGUCCGAAUUUUGCUCAGAGUGAGAUUGGAGAGCCCAUCCUGGAGGUGGUUCUGGAGGCUGGGGACCUGCUGUACUUCCCUCGGGGCUUCAUCCACCAGGGGGACUGUCUGCCUGACGCCCACUCCAUGCACAUCACCAUCUCCUCCCACCAGAAGAACAGCUGGGGAGACCUGCUACUCAAGAUGGUGCCGGCUGCUCUGGAGAUCGCCAUGGAGGAGGAUGUGGAGUACAGACAGGGCUUACCUCUCGACUAUCUCACAUACAUGGGAGUGCAGAAUUCUGACAAAGACGACCCACGCAGAGGUAAAUUCCUCUCCCGCGUCGAAGGGUUAAUACAGAAGUUGGUCCAGUACGCGCCUGUAGAUGCCGCUGUGGAUCUGAAAGCCAGAGACUUCAUGCACGACUGCCUGCCUCCCAUGCUCACACCAGAUGAAUUAGCCAGCACUGUCCAAGGAGCUCCAGCUAGGUGGCAUCGCGGGCAGACCAAGGACGUGGGCUCACCAAUCACUGCCCAGACCAAAAUCCGGCUGGUCCGCGCUGGUUGUGCUAGGUUAUGCAGUGAUGGAGAUGUCGUGAGUCUGUAUUAUACUACAAAUAACUCCAGAGUUUAUCACAAAGAAGAAAUCAAAAGUUUGGAAGUACAAGUCGAGAAUACAGAUGCUAUAGAAUUUCUCAUCCAUUCAUAUCCCAAAUUUGUGACUGUUGGAAGUGUCCCGUGCGACUCUGCAGAUGACCGGAUCACAUUGGUUGAGUCACUUUUUGAGAGAGGGAUCAUCCAGACCGAACAACCUCUGUAGACAACAUCUUUCUAAGCAAAUAAACAUGUAAACUAUUCAUA